AUGGCCCGGUCCCAAAGACCCUCUCGGGUGAAUAAUGACCAUUCUGUUGCCGAAGAAGACGUCGAAAGCAAUGCGGGCAGCAAUUCAAUAAAACGAGCGACAACUCUGGAAGAAAUUGUAAACAAGCUUCCGGUUUUUAAUCCAACAAUAAUAAACCCUGGUUACGAUGAUAUGGUAGACCUCAAGAAUUAUACCAAUGUGAAAUUCAGCGACCGAUUAGACACAUUGAGAUUCAAAUAUCUCGAUGGCGAAACCCCUUUGUUUAUCAAACAGAAUUUACUCAAUAUCAAAAGAAAAGUUUUCGUGCAAACUCCAUUGGCCGAUGAUAUGUUGACUCAGCAGGGGGAGGCAUUGGUUCCCAAACAAAUAUACCCAAGAAAUAAAAUCAGAACCACAAAGUAUACUCCCAUCAAUUUCAUCCCUAAAAAUUUAUUCAACCAAUUCCAAAACGUUGCAAAUGGUUAUUUCUUAUUUUGUAUCAUCUUGGGUGCUUUCCAGAUCUUCGGGGUUGCUUCUCCUGGUAUGAAUGCGGUUCCUUUGAUUGUUAUUGUGGUUCUUACAGCUGCUAGAGAUGCUUUUGAAGAUUCCAGAAGAGGAAUUUCCGAUAAUGAGUUGAACAAUUCGAAAAUUCAUUUAGUUACCGGCCUAGAGAAUCCAAAUGUGUUGCUAGAUAAUGUCGGCCCUUGGAGAAGAUUUAAGAAGGCUAACUCUAAGUUUUUCAGAAAUUUGUUAUUCAAACAUAUAGUCCCAAUUUUCAAGAAGAAAAAGAACUCCGACCCUGAAGUUGGGAUCAAAGGCAAUGAAUUGCUGUCAAUAUUAUCCCAGCAUGAGUCUCUCGGAACUAUUGAAGAUGGUGGAGAGUUGUAUAAUAAUCGUCUUUCUAUCCAAACCUCAAGAUUUUUGAAUGCCCGUGAUAAGAUUUCCAGACCAAUUCCCGACACAAUCACUAACCCAGGUUACCAACCAACCGGUGCAAUUAAAUUUAAGAACAAGGCAUGGAAAGAUAUUUAUGUAGGUGAUAUUGUUAGAGUGAGACAAAAUGAAGAAGUUCCGGCUGAUAUUGUGUUGUUAUCUACCUCUCUCGAAGAUCAAAACUGUUAUAUUGAAACCAAGAAUUUGGACGGUGAAACCAACUUGAAAUCAAGACAAUCUCUUAAAGCCGGUGCAGGUUUAAAGUAUGGUAACGAUAUUGAAAGAAUCAAAUGUUGGAUUGAGUGUGAUAGUCCUAAUACAAACCUAUAUUCUUUCAAAGGGGUGAUGCACUAUCCUAAUUAUGAAGAUCCAAAUGGCGAAGAGCACUUGGAAUCUAUUACUAUUGAUAAUGUAUUAUUUAGAGGAUCUACUUUGAGGAACACGAAAUGGGCUAUCGGGGUGGUAAUUUACACCGGUAGUGAAACAAAAAUCAUGUUGAAUUCUGGUAUUACUCCAACUAAGAAGUCUAAAAUUUCCCGUGAAUUGAAUUUGUCUGUCUAUAUCAACUUUUCUUUGUUGUUCGUGUUGUGUCUUGUUUCGGGUGUUAUUAAUGGUGUAUUUUAUAAUAAGAAGCAUAUUUCGCGGCUUUACUAUGAAUUCGAGCCGUAUAGUGAUAAAGCAUCUGUGUCUGGUGUGGUUGCAUUCUUUGUGGCCUUAAUUUUAUAUCAAUCUUUGGUUCCAAUUUCUCUUUAUAUUUCUGUGGAAAUUAUCAAGACGGUCCAGGCAUAUUUUAUUUGGUCAGAUAUCAAAAUGUAUUAUGAGAAAUUAGAUUAUCCAUGCAUUCCAAAAUCCUGGAAUAUUUCCGAUGAUGUUGGUCAAAUCGAAUAUAUUUUCAGUGACAAAACAGGUACUCUUACUCAGAAUGUUAUGGAAUUUAAGAAAUGUUCGAUUGGUCUAAAUAGCUAUGGUCAGUGUUACACUGAAGCAAAAAUGGGAAUGCAAAAAAGAUUGGGUGUGGAUGUUGUCAAAGAGAAGAUUCAAAUGGAUAAGCUCAUUGCGGACGAUAAGCUGGAAAUGAUUGGUUUGAUGAAUAAUAACAUGGAUUUCUUCAGUAAUGGGAAUGCCCAAACUUAUAUUGCAAACAUGGACGAAAAUGAAUUAACUUUUAUCAGUGCUGAUUACGCAAAAGAUGUUCUCAAACAGGGCUCACAGAAGGCAUUAAAUGAAUGGUUCAUGACCACUUUAGCUUUAUGUCAUACUGCUGUCACGGAGGACAAUCCAGAAAAUGAUCACAAGAAGCUCAUCAAGGCCGAAUCUCCAGAUGAAAAUGCUUUAGUCGGCGUGGCAAGGGAUGUUGGUAUCGAAUUUAGAGGUAGAAGUAGAGAUAUCAUGUACGUCACCAGAUAUGGUAUCGAAACCCCUUACAAAGUGUUGAAUGUCAUUCCUUUUAACUCUACCAGAAAGAGAAUGAGUGUUAUCGUUGAAGUUCCAAAAUCUCACUUGCCAGAAUACCUGAAUGUGACUCAAGAAGUAAACAACGAACAAGAAGAAGAAAAAGUUGUUGUGGUCCUUACAAAAGGUGCUGACAAUGUUAUCUAUGAAAGAUUGAAUGUUGCAUCCGACUCGGCAAUGUUGCAGAAGACUGCCCUCUAUCUUGAACAAUUUUCCAAAGAAGGUUUGCGUACCUUGUGUGUGGCCUAUCGCGUUGUCGAUAAUGGAUACUAUAAGGAUUGGUCAGAAAGAUUCCAUAGGGCUAAUGUUUCCAUUGAUGAUGAUCGUGAAGAAGUGAUCGAGUCUGUUGCUAACAUGAUUGAACGUGACUUUACUUUGAUCGGUACCACUGCAAUCGAGGAUAGAUUGCAAGAUGGUGUUCCUAGCUCUAUCGCCUUGUUGGGUGAAGCGGGGAUCAAAUUAUGGGUUCUCACUGGUGACAAAGUUGAAACUGCUAUCAAUAUUGGUUUUUCUUGUAAUUUGUUGGAUUCAGACAUGAAAUUAUUGGUCAUUGGAAAUAAUAAAGAUACUGCUGCUGAAGCUAAUGUUGAUUCCAGUUCUUCCACUGAAUCCCAUACGUCUUCCAAUUAUGACAACGAUAAAGAUACUGUUUUCAGUCAGAUUGAUGAAAAACUUUCAAAGUAUUUGUCUGAAGAAUUUGAUAUUCACUUGAACACCAGGGAAGAUAUCAAUGCUGCCGUUUCCGAUGCCAAACAAAAUCACAGCACACCAAAGGGGACACAUGCUGUUAUUGUUGAUGGUGCGGCUUUAACUGCCAUUUUUGAUGAUUUGCAUACUGAUUUGCGAAAGAAGUUUUUGCUCCUUUGUAAAAAUUGUAAAUCUGUUUUGUGUUGUCGUGUUUCGCCAUCUCAGAAAGCUCAAGUCGUUAGGGCUACCAAGGAGCUUUUUAAGGUUAUGACAUUAGCAAUUGGUGAUGGUGCAAAUGAUGUUGCUAUGAUUCAGGCCGCUAAUAUUGGUGUUGGGAUCGCCGGGGAAGAAGGUAGACAAGCCGUCAUGUCUUCAGAUUAUGGUGUUGGCCAAUUUAGAUUCUUGACUAGAUUAGUAUUAGUUCAUGGUAGAUGGUCAUACAAGAGAUUAGCUGAAAUGAUUCCUUGUUUCUUCUAUAAGAAUGUGGUUUUUACCUUGACCUUGUUUUGGUAUGGUAUUUAUGUCAACUUUGAUGGUACCUACUUGCUUGAAUUUACCUUGAUUAUGUUUUAUAAUUUGGCAUUCACGUCGUUACCAAUUAUCUUUUUGGCGGUUUUGGAUCAAGACGUCAGUGAUACUGUGUCUUUGUUGACUCCAGAGUUGUACAUAAGUGGUAUCUUAGGUUUGGAAUGGUCACAGUUCAAAUUCAUAUUUUAUAUGCUUGAUGGUGUUUACCAGUCAGUUAUCUCGUUCUACUUCCCAUACUUGUUGUAUUACACAGGUACAUUUGUUAACUCCCAAGGUUUAAUUCUUAUUCAUAGAUUUUGGAUGGGUACCAUGGUUGCUUCGAUUUCUGUUAUUUCUUGUAACAUUUAUGUUUUGUUGCAACAAAAGAGAUGGGAUUGGUUAAGUGGUAUUAUUUAUGCUUUCUCUGUGUUGAUUAUUUUCUUCUGGAUUGGUGUCUGGUCUUCUUCAACCUAUUCUGGUGAGUUCUACAAGGCUGCGGCUCAGGUUUAUGGUACCUUGACGUUCUGGUGUGUGUUCUUUGUGGGUGUGUUGUGUAAUUUGUUACCAAGAUUCUCGUUCGACACCAUUAAAAGAUUAUAUAGACCAAAGGACAUUGAUAUUAUCAGAGAAAGAGUCAAUAUGGGUGAUUACGAUGGGUACCCUGAAGGGUAUGAUCCAACUGACGCUAAAGACGUUGAGAAGUAUAGACUUAUGCAUGAUCGUUAUCUUAGUGAAACCAAGCCGAUUAACUUCGACUCCUCAUCGUCUUCAAACUUUGCUGCUACUUCUGAUGAAGCAAAGAUUGAAAACGGAGCUAACUCUGAGUCAACCCAGAACAAGGUGUCAUCGGUUCCAAACGAAAGGUCUGCAGAAGACGGUACUCCUCAACCUGGUGUUGAAAGAAAACCAGCUGUUGCACAAAUUGUUAGACAUCAAUUGGGGUCCAUCAAGAGAAAACUUACAAUUUCUAAACUGAAGAAAAAUUCUCAGGCGCACUUAUCACCAUUGGAACAAAUGAGAAGAAAUAUGAUCAGCAAUGGCGAGUAUGUGGGAAGUAGAACUUCCUUGUCUACUAGCCAAGUCCCUGGUCUUACUCAGGCAGAAUCCUUGAUGUCCGUUCACUCAAGAAUCUCAAAUAUGGCGAGGGAGUGA